CUACUAGGGUCAAGAAUAGUAGUGCUCUUAUACUUAUCUAGUCAGGAAAGAUUCGGCGCUACUAUGCCUUACACUCGCGAAGCAGUCUGGGCACCUAAUGCUCCCAAACCGAAUGGCAAAUACAGUCAUGUUGUCAAGUCAAAAAGCGGCAUGGUAUACCUGGCAGGCUGGAUGGGGGAUGAUCCUGAGACGGGAGCAAUCGUUUCCGGAGGAAUUGAAGCGCAAACAGAGCGCGCCAUCCUCAAUAUCAAAGCCUGCCUCGAAGCCUGUGGAUUGACCUUUGACAAUAUCCUCACGAGAAGAAUCUAUAUCAUCCCCAUGGAGGAUUAUAGGAAGGUGAUUGCUAUGUGGGAUAAAUACUUCGACGAGCCAUAUCCUGUUUCCACACUGAUCGGAGUGACAUCUCUGGCAAAGGAAGGAGCUCUGGUGGAGAUUGAAGUGGUUGCGGAGCAGUGAACACUGAACACCGCGUCGAGAAUAGUGGUCGUUCUCGAAGCCGAGAGAAGAGAUCCGUAAGAAGGACUAAGGGUAGCGUUGGGUGGUGUGGAGGAGAUGGAAGAUAAAUACGCAAAUGGUAAAUACAGUCCUCCCUACCACUCCGACUGUUAUGACGUAUUUGUGAGUCUAUGGAGGAUCCC